UUUACAUUUAGCUAUGAAUUCAGAAGCGGCUUUAUUGUUAGAAACCGUUAAUUUUGCUGCGGAAAAACAUCGUAAACAACGCCGUAAAGAUCCAGAAGAAACGCCGUACAUUAAUCAUCCAAUCGGUGUAGCAAGAAUCCUCAGCUAUGAGGGAGGAGUCACAGAUAUCGAGGUUUUACAAGCUGCUUUGCUUCACGACACCGUAGAGGACACAGACACCACCCCAGAGGAGCUGGAGGACAGAUUCGGACCAAUUGUAGCUCGAAUUGUCCAGGAGGUGACAGAUGACAAAAGUCUGCCGAAGCAGGAGAGGAAGCGCCUGCAGGUGGAGCAUGCACCUCACUGCAGCCAACAAGCUAAACUGGUGAAACUAGCUGACAAGCUGUACAACCUGAGGGACCUGAACGCCUGCACGCCUGUCGGUUGGUCGGCUGAGCGGGUCCAGGAGUACUUUGUAUGGGCCGCUGAGGUGGUUAAAGGUCUGAAAGGAACUAACUCGGCUCUGGAGGAGAAGCUGGAGGAUCAGUUCAAACAGAGAGGAGUUCAGCUCUGAAAGAACCGCCUCACUGCGCUGGAGAACGGAUCGUUUACAUCACUAAUCAGAUGCAAUAUCAUUUACAAGCCAUAAAAAUAAUCCUUUUUCCAUAUUUUGUGCCAUGUGCUAUGUCUGCUGUGUACUUUAGGACAUCAUGUAACUGUGAUUUUAUUUCUGAAUAUUAAGAAAGCAACAUUU